AUGUCUCAAAGAAUGGCGGAUACGAUCAACAGAAGACGAAGUCAUGAAAAGUCAAACCGUUUAGAGGGUGAUACAGGCUGCUUAGUUUCUCAAGUACAAUGCAAUCCCUCAAAGACGGUACAUAUUAUCAAGUUUGAUUGGUUGUCAUCUGCAAUCAGUGCUGAAUUAGCUAAAAUUGUGUUGGAAGAGCAACUUGGAAUUUGUGUUGAAGUGGUGACCAUGAGAAAUGUCACACAAGCUCUUGAUGAAAUGUCUAGAUAUGGAGACCAAACAUAUUACGCUAUACUUGAAUUUUGGAGACAAACACGAAAAUCCUUGUAUGACAAGUAUGUAGAGCAACUCAAAACAGUUGUGGAUGCAGGAGAGCUUGGAUUUUAUGGUAAAGCUGGAUGGUUUGUUUUUAGCUUUAUGAUUAAGGAAUAUCCUGGAAUCGAUGUGUAUCGAGAAUAUCGCACAGACAGGGCUGUCCGAUAUUUAGCUGCAAAUUCUUCAGCCACUUUGGGCCGUUUUUUAGGUCCUGCCAGGACAUGGCUUUCAUAUGAUGAACAAAUUAUUAACAACUUAAAGUUGAGGCUGGAGAUUGAAUAUGCAAAUGAGACAGACACAGAAGAAAGUAUCGUCUCAAGAAUUGAAAAAGCUUUUUUGGCUCAAAAACCAUCUCUCUUUUAUUUGUGGACUCCUCACUUUCUGUCAAGCACAAUUGACUUUGAAGAGGUCUACUUACCCGGUAACACUGAUAGUUGUUGGACCGAACGUAAUCAACAGCUUGGAUUGAUUGACUGCGAUUAUCCAGCCGAUAUAUUGAGAAAGCUUGUUUCGCAGAGUGUGUUGAAAGAUGAUGACCUUUCCCAAUUUUUCAAAAAAUUCUCCUUUUCGUCAGAACUACAAAUUACUGACAUUAUGAAUGAUAUCGCAUAUAACGGCACAAGCCCGUUUGAUGCCUCUUGUAAUUGGAUUAAGAACAAUACGAUCAUUAUGAAAAAGUGGUUACCAGAUAAGAUGUCAACAGGAAGUGCAGCCUUAAUUGGAACUAUUGUGGGAUCAGUCACAAUUCUCUUAUUUGUGUUUGGAUUGAUAUUUGUUGUUUGUCUUGUUAUUUUCAUAAUGUAUCGAAGAAAACUGAGAAAGCAGGCCUUAAGAUAUGCUCCAAAAACAUUGCCCAUAACGGUGGUUUUCACAGACAUUCAAAACUCAACAUUACUGUGGAGUACAUGCCCUGACAAGAUGAAAAACGUUUUAGAGAUUCAUAAUCUAGUGAUGAGAGUGAAUAUAGAUAAAUACCACGGAUAUGAGUGUAAAACACAAGGUGACUCCUUCAUGGUAGCUUUUGAGAGUCCAUUAAUGGCACUUGGUUUUUGCUUGAACGUUCAAAGAGAUUUAUUGCUUGCCAAUUGGCCUCUGGAAAUGUUAGAAUAUGAAGACAUGAGAGAAGUAAAAUGGGAAGAAAAGUUAAUCUAUCGUGGUCCUCGUGUUCGAAUGGGAGUUCACACAGGAAGUGAUUGCGAAAUUCAUAUGGAUAAAACAACCAAAAGAUUUGACUAUAUUGGAAAUGCCAUUAAUAAGGCAAGCAAAAUUGAGAGUAUUUCUGUUGGAGGACGAGUGUAUUGCUCUGAGGAAUUCAUUGAAGCUCUCAAACACACAGUCUUGACUCAAAUCAUAACAGUUAAAAAGGAAACUACAGAUACCAUACUCAAAAAGCUUGCAGAAAAUGACAUUCAAUUUUUCAAUGUGGAAGAAGAAGAAGAUCAAGAGGUCUACUGGAUUAUGGAAUUCAGUUUUGAUCGAACACUGUAUAUUCAACAAUUUGAACUAAAACUCGGUGUCGAUAAGGAGGUUGCAGAAAAAAUCCAACUUGGAGAAGAUAUCAAACGAUUCAUAUGCGACCCUGAUUCAUUUAGUCAAGAACAGAAGAGCAAACUUGUCUAUGAUUUUGUCACCAUUGUCAACCAUGACAACAUUCGUGACAAUGUUCCACCAUGGAGUUCUAUUCCUGUACCUAAUCUAUUUAGUGUCGCUUACAAUUACAUUUCAAGAGGAUGGUCAUCUCUCGAUGAGGAAAUACACUUGCCUGAACAUUAA